AAGAACUGAAAAGUUGCAGGACGUUCCACAGGGCAAAGUACGUCUGCUUGGUUUGCUUUCUCCAAACUUCCAUGCUCAGUUGGUUGGAGUGGCCUCCCUCCUACCUGACAACCUAGGAGGCUGGUGGGGAACAUGUCCUCACCUCCUCUUUGGAGUUUGGUUAUUCUGUUGACAUUUGCUGAAUCUUACAGUGAAGCUGGAGGACUUGCGCUGCAGAGACAAAAAAGAAAUACUGACCUCGAACAGCCUCGGAUAGCUGCAGAGAGGGGAAACUUAGUGUUUCUUACUGGAUCUGCUCAAAACAUUGAAUUUAGAACUGGAUCCCUGGGAAAAAUUAAAUUAAAUGAUGAAGACGUUGGUGAAUGUUUGCAUCAGAUCCAGAAGAACAAAGAUGAUAUUACAGAUUUAAAAAGGGGUACAGUUGGUCUGCCUCAAAAUAUUUCUAGUCAAAUCCAUCAGCUUGAUUCCAGGCUUGUGGAUCUGGAGAGAAAGUUUCAGAGCUUACAGCAGACCACUGAGCAAAAGGUUUGCAGCAGCAACCCCUGCCAACACGGUGGAACCUGCCUCAACCUCCAUGGUUCCUUUUUUUGUAUCUGUCCCUCCCAGUGGAAGGGUCCUCUGUGCUCAGUGGACGUUAACGAAUGUGAGAUUUACGCGGGGACACCGUUGGGCUGUCAGAACGGAGCCACCUGUAUAAAUACAGCAGGGAGUUACAGUUGUCUCUGCUCCCCUGAGAACCACGGCCCCCAGUGUGCAUCCAAAUACGAUGACUGUGAAGGGGGCUCCCGGUUGCACUGUGUCCACGGCGUCUGCGAGGAUCUGGUCCGAGUGCAGGCUGGACAGCCCAAGUACAGCUGCAUCUGCGAUGCUGGGUGGACGUCCCCCUCCAACAGUACAGCCUGCACGCUGGACACAAACGAAUGCAGCCUCUGGCCUCCGCCUUGCUCAUCACAUGUGCAAUGUUACAACACUCCAGGCUCCUUCUACUGCGGGGCCUGUCCGACAGGCUGGCAAGGAAAUGGGUACAUUUGUGAGGAUGUCAAUGAAUGUGAGAUAAAUAAUGGCGGUUGUUCCGUGGCUCCACCUGUCGAGUGUGUAAAUACACUGGGAUCUUACCACUGUCGUUCCUGUCCGCCAGGGUACCAGGGCGAUGGAAGAGUGUGCACACUCAUAGACCUGUGCUCGGUGGAUAACGGAGGCUGCCACCCACUCGCGUCUUGCUCCUCCCUUCUGGGUUCCUUCCCUCUCUGCGCUUGUCUCCCGGGUUACACUGGAAAUGGUUAUGGGCUGAAUGGAUGUGUGCAACUCAAUAAUACUUGCCUGAGUCACCCUUGUUUAAAUGGACAAUGCAUUGAAACAGUCUCCGGUUAUCUUUGUAAGUGCGAAUCAGGUUGGACUGGUGUCAACUGCACAGAAAACACUGACGAGUGUCUGAGCAACCCUUGUUUGAAUGGGGGAACCUGUGUCGACAGCAUUAAUGCUUUCAGCUGUGAAUGCACACCUUUCUGGACCGGAUCUCUCUGUCAGGUUCCCCAGCAAGUUUGUGGAGGGUCCCUCUCAGGGAUGGAAGGAAGCUUCAGCUACAUGAGCCCUGAUGUUGGUUACGUUCAUGACGUCAGCUGCUUCUGGGUCAUCCGAACUGAAGAGGGAAAGGUGCUGCGUAUGACUUUCACGUUUUUCCAGUUAGAAUCAGCAAACAAUUGUCCACAUGAGUUUCUUCAGAUUCACGAUGGCGAUUCCUCCGCAGCAUUUCAACUUGGACGGUUCUGUGGCUCCAGCCCCCCUGACGAACUCCUCAGUAGUGACAAUGCCCUCUAUUUCCAUUUCUAUUCUGAACAUUUAAGAAACGAGAGGGGCUUUACAAUAAGAUGGGAAACACAGUCACCAGAGUGUGGAGGUACACUGACUGGUACUUAUGGCUCUAUUAAGUCUCCGGGAUAUCCUGGAAAGUAUCCCCCAGGGAGAGAUUGUGUGUGGAGAGUGAUAACCAGUCCUGAUCUCCUGAUAACAUUUACCUUUGGGACCUUAAGCCUGGAGCACCAUGAUGAUUGCAGCAAAGAUUAUCUUGAGAUUCGAGAUGGCCCUUUGCAUCAGGACCCCCUGCUUGGGAAGCUCUGCACCACUCUCUCUGCCCCACCACUCCAGACUACAGGUCCCUUUGCCAGAGUUCAUUUCCAUUCUGACAGCCAGAUUAAUGACCAAGGGUUUCAUAUCACCUACUUAACAUCACCUUCGGAUCUGCAUUGUGGAGGGAACUACACAGACCCAGAGGGUCUCCUCUCUGCUGACUUGUCUGGACCUUUCAUGCACAACAGACAGUGCAUCUACACGAUUAAGCAGCCCCUGGGAGAAAAAAUACAGGUCAACUUCACCCACAUGGAGCUGGAAAGCCAGAGUGGCUGUUCUCUGAAUUACAUCGAGGUUCGAGAUGAUGAAACCUUGCUUGGAAAAGUCUGUGGCAAUGAAACCCUCUCUCACAUUAAGUCCAUUACUAAUAGUAUCUGGAUGAGACUUAAAAUAGAUGCUUCUGUUGCAAGAGCUAGUUUCAGAGCUGUUUAUCAAGUUGCUUGUGGAGGAGAAUUAACUGGAGAAGGGGUCAUUCGCUCUCCCUUUUAUCCUAAUGUGUAUCCAGGAGAAAAGAUCUGUAGGUGGGUCAUCCACCAACCCCAAAGUCAAGUCAUCCUCCUCAACUUCACUGCCUUUGAAGUGGGAAGUUCUGUCCACUGUGAUACAGACUAUAUUGAGAUUGGUAGCAGUUCCAUUUUGGGUUCUUCUGAAAAUAAGAAGUAUUGUGGCACAGACGUACCGUCCCUUGUAACAUCUGUGUACAAUUUUCUUCAUGUCAUAUUUGUGAAAAGCUCUUCUGCUGAAAAUCAUGGUUUCAUGGCCAGAUUUAGUACUGAAGCUUUGGCAUGUGGACAAGUUCUUACAGAGCCAACAGGAAGCAUUCAAAGUCCUGGCCAUCCAAAUAUCUACCCGCAUGGUGUCAACUGUACCUGGCACAUACUAGUCCAACCUGGUCACUUGAUUCACCUCAUAUUCAGGGAAUUUCAUCUGGAGUUUCAUUACAAUUGCACCAAGGAUUACCUAGAAAUCUAUGACGCUGAGUCUGACACAUCUCUUGGGAGGUAUUGUGGAAAAUCCAUCCCACCCUCUCUUACCAGUGGUACCAACUCAUUGAGGCUUCUAUUUGUGGCUGACUCUGACCUUGCUUAUGAAGGUUUUUUAAUAGACUAUGAAGCAAUUGAUACAUCGUCAGCAUGCUUGCAAGACUAUACAGAUGAAUCUGGGACUUUCACUUCUCCAAACUUCCCCAAUAAUUACCCCAACAACUUGGAAUGCGUUUACAGGAUUACGGUGGAAACCAGCCAACAGAUUGCAUUACACUUCACACACUUCUCCCUGGAGGAGGCCAUUGGUGGAGUAUGUGUAGCAGAUUAUGUGGAAAUCAAUAAUGGAGGCUAUGAAUCUUCACCAUCCCUGGGAAAGUACUGUGGCUCAAAUCCACCCCCAAGCAUCAUCUCCCACAGUAACAAACUCUGGCUAAAGUUUAAGAGUGACUUCUUUGGCUCUGGGACUGGAUUCUCAGCUUCCUGGGAUGGAUCGUUGACAGGUUGUGGGGGCAACCUCACCACUCCCACCGGCGUGUUCACCUCUCCCAACUACCCGAUGCCCUACUACCACAGCUCUGAGUGCUACUGGUGGUUGAAAGCCAGCCACGGGAGUCCGUUUGAACUGGAAUUUGAAGACUUUCAUUUGGAGCACCAUCCAAACUGCACUUUCGACUAUCUGGCUGUGUAUGACGGGCCAAGUACCAACUCUCAUUUGCUAACUCAGCUUUGCGGGAACGAGAAACCGCCUGUCAUUCGUUCCAGUGGAGACAGCGUGUCUUUAAAACUGAGGACAGAUGAAGGUCAGCAAGGAGGCGGCUUCCUGAUUAAAUACCAGCAGACGUGUGAUAACGUGGUGAUUAGGAAUCGAACCUAUGGCAUCUUGGAGAGUAUACAUUAUCCAAAUCCCUACUCUGUCAAUCAGCGUUGCAACUGGACCAUCCAAGCAACAACAGGAAACACUGUGAAUUAUACGUUUUUAGCAUUUGAUUUGGAAGAGUACAUAAACUGCUCCACCGACUAUUUAGAGCUCUACGAUGGCACAAGGCGGAUGGGGCGCUACUGCGGCGCAGACACGCCACCUGCAGGAGGCACCACUGGCCCCAAGCUUCACGUGCUGUUCCACACCGAUGGGGUUGGUGGCCGUGAGAAAGGAUUUCAGAUGCAGUGGUUCAUCCAUGGUUGUGGUGGAGAGUUGUCUGGGGACACGGGCUCCUUCAGCAGUCCCGGGUACCCUAACCCCUACCCUGCCAACAAGGAGUGCAUCUGGUACAUUAGCACAGUUCCUGGGAGCAGCAUUCAGCUCACCAUCCACGAUUUUGAUGUCGAAUAUCACACAAGCUGCAACUUUGACGUCCUGGAGAUUUACGGAGGCCCUGACUUCCACUCCCCCAGGAUAGCCCAGCUGUGUGUGCAGAGAUCAUCUGAGAACCCCAUGCAGGUCUCCAGCACCGGCAGCGAGCUGGCAAUCCGAUUUAAGACCGACAGCUCCGUAAAUGGGAGAGGCUUCAACGUCUCAUGGAGAGCAGUUCCUGGAGGUUGUGGUGGCGUUUUCCAGGCUCCCAGUGGAGAGAUUCAUUCUCCAAAUUACCCCAGUCCUUACAGGAGCAACACUGAAUGUACCUGGGUCAUUCAGGUGGAAAAACAUCACCGUGUCCUGUUGAACUUCACUGACUUUGACCUUGAACCUCAGGACUCUUGUGUUAUGGCAUUUGAUGGUUUAAGCUCUGCGACCACCCGUCUUGUCGGUGUGUGUGGAAGACAGCAGCUGAGUAACCCCAUCAUCUCUACAGGGAACAGCCUCUUCGUGCGAUUUCAGUCUGGCCCUUCUGGACAGAGCAGGGGGUUCCGAGCUCGCUUCAGACAAGCCUGUGGCAGCUACAUCCUCACCAGCUCUGCCGACACUAUAUCCUCUCCGUUGUUUCCUGCCAACUAUCCAAACAAUCAGAACUGUGUCUGGACCAUUCAAGCUCAGCCUCCAUUCAAUCAUAUUACCCUCUCCUUUAGUCACUUUGGACUCGAAAGCAGCACAACGUGUACCCAAGACUUUUUGGAAGUUUUGGACGGCAGUCAUGCCGACGCGCCCCUCCGAGGCCGCUAUUGUGGCUCCUCCAUGCCCCACCCCAUCACUUCCUUCAGCAAUGCUCUGACGCUGAGAUUCGUCUCAGAUUCUGUGGUGAAUUUUGAUGGUUUCCACGCUACAUUUGCAGCAUCAACAUCAGCCUGUGGUGGAAUCUUCCACAUGGCUGAAGGCAUCUUCAACAGCCCUGGAUACCCAGAAAUUUAUCCCUCUAAUGUGGAAUGUGUCUGGAACAUUGUCAGUUCCCCUGGCAACCAGCUCCAGCUGUCUUUUAUAACUUUCCAGCUGGAGGAUUCUCAGGACUGUAGCAGAGAUUUUGUGGAGAUCCGGGAAGGAAACUCCACUGGCCACUUGGUGGGACGAUAUUGUGGAAACACCCUCCCCCUCAAUUACUCAUCCGUUGUUGGGCAUAGCCUAUGGGUCAGAUUUGUCUCAGACGGCUCAGGAAGUGGCAUUGGCUUCCAGGCUGCAUUUGCAAAGAUAUUUGGCAAUGAUAAUAUUGUGGGAACUCAUGGGAAAAUCGCCUCUCCCUUAUGGCCUAGCAAUUACCCUCACAACUCCAAUUACCAAUGGAUAGUGAAUCUGAAUGAAUCUCAAGUUAUCCAUGGUAGAAUCUUGGAGAUGGACAUUGAAGGAACACUUAACUGCUAUUAUGACAAGUUAAAGAUUUAUGAUGGGUCUGGCAUUCAUUCCCGCCUGAUUGGAACCUAUUGUGGUACCCAGACCAACUCUUUUGGCUCUACUAGAAGUUCUUUGACGUUUCAGUUUUCUUCUGAUUCUUCAGUCUCGGGGAAAGGAUUCCUUCUGGAGUGGUUUGCGAUGAAUGCCUCUGUUGGACCUUUACCUACCAUUGCUACAGGUGCUUGUGGCGGGUUCCUGCAGACAGGAGAUGCUCCAGUCUUUCUUUACUCGCCAGGCUGGCCUGAGAGCUACAGCAAUGGCAUGGACUGUAUGUGGCUUAUCCAGGCUCCUGAUUCGACUGUGGAGCUCAACAUCCUUUCCCUGGACAUUGAAUCUCACAGUACAUGCAACUAUGAUAAACUUGUGAUAAGAGAUGGAGACAAUAGCUUGGCCCAGGAGCUAGCAGUUCUUUGUGGCAGAGAGAUCCCUGGACCCAUCCGGUCUACUGGAGAGUACAUGGUGAUCCAGUUCACCUCGGACUUCAGUAUAACCAGGGCGGGCUUUAAUGCAUCCUUUCACAAGAGUUGUGGUGGAUAUCUGCAUGCAGACAGAGGGAUUAUCACAUCACCCAAGUAUCCAGAGACCUACACACCCAACCUCAACUGCUCCUGGCACGUCCAGGUUCAGAGUGGUCUGACCAUCGCCGUCCACUUUGAGCAGCCCUUCCAGAUUCCAAGUAGAGACUCUUCUUGCAACCAGGGGGAUUACUUGGUGCUAAAAAAUGGACCUGACAUCUCUUCUCCACCCUUGGGUCCCCAUGGAGGAAAUGGUCGUUUUUGUGGCAAUCGCCCUUCGUCCACUCUGUUCACCUCAGACAAUCAAAUGUUUGUUCGGUUUAUUUCUGACAGUAGCAAUGAAGGGCAAGGAUUUAAGAUCACGUAUGAGGCAAAGAGUUUAGCCUGUGGGGGCAAUAUCUACAUCCAUGAUGCCGAUUCUGCUGGAUACGUGACCUCCCCCAACCACCCGGACCAUUAUCCCCAGCACGCUGACUGCGUUUGGCUCCUAGCUGUUCCUCCUGGAAAGCUCAUAAGACUGCAGUUUGAAGACCAAUUCAAUAUUGAAGUGUCACCCAACUGUACGUCCAGUUACCUUGAGUUGCGAGAUGGAGCUGAUUCCAAUGCACCAGUACUUUCCAAGUUUUGUGGAACAUCUUUGCCUGCCAGUCAGUUGUCCUCAGGAGACGUGAUGUAUUUGAGAUUCCGGUCUGACAACAGCCCCACUCAUGUGGGAUUCAAGGCCAAGUAUUCUAUAGCCCAGUGUGGGGGGACAGUGACGGGGCAGAGUGGUGUGAUUGAAAGCAACGGAUACCCAACACUUCCAUAUGCGGACAACUUAUUCUGUGACUGGCAUCUCCAGGGCCCCUUGGGACAUUAUCUCACCCUCCGUUUUGAAGACUUUAAUCUUCAGAAUUCCUCUGGCUGCGAAAGAGACUUUGUAGAGAUCUGGGAAAACCAUACCUCUGGUCAUUUACUGGGCAGAUUCUGUGGCGACACCAUCCCCAACAGCAUAGACACUUCGGGCAACGUUGCUUUGGUCAGAUUUGUCACAGACAGCUCUCUCUCUGCCUCAGGAUUCAGACUACGGUUUGAUGCCAGCGUGGAAGAGUGUGGUGGGGAUCUACGGGGCCCUACUGGAACAUUUACUUCACCCAACUACCUGAACCCAAAUCCUCAUGGCUGGAUGUGUGAGUGGAGAAUCACUGUACAGGAGGGAAGGCGGGUCACCCUAACUUUUAACAACCUGAGGCUGGAAGCCCGUCCAUUCUGCAGUAGUGAGCAUGUGAUGGUGUUUAACGGCAUUAGAAGUAACUCACCACAGCUAGAGAAAUUGUGCAGUAGUGUGAACGGCAGCAAUGAGAUCAAAUCUUCAGGAAAUACAAUGAAGGUCAUUUAUUUCACAGAUGGGUCCAGGCCAUAUGGAGGCUUCACUGCCUCCUACACAUCCAGCGAAGAUGCAGUGUGCGGUGGGUCCCUUACAAAUGUCCCUGAGGGGAACUUUACUUCUCCAGGCUAUGAUGGUGUCAGUAAUUAUUCAAGCAACCUAAACUGUGAAUGGACCCUCAGCAAUCCAAAUCAGGAAAACUCCUCCAUUUACAUUCAUUUUGCGGAUUUUUACCUAGAAAGUCACCAAGACUGUCAAUCUGAUGUCCUUGAGUUCCGAGUAGGUAAUGCUGACGGGCUUCUGAUGUGGAGGCUCUGCGGUUCUUCACAACCUGCAAUACCAUUGGUCAUACCUUAUCCUCAGGUGUGGAUACACUUUGUGACCAAUGAGCGUGUAGAACAUGUUGGAUUCCAUGCACGAUACUCCUUUACAGACUGUGGCGGCAUACAGAUAGGUGACAGUGGAGUGAUCUCAAGCCCCAACUAUCCGGCCUCUUACGACAGCCUGACCCACUGUUCUUGGUUGCUGGAAGCCCCGCCCGGCCACACCAUCACUCUAACAUUUAGAGAUUUUGACAUCGAAGCCCAUGCAACCUGUGCCUGGGACUCUGUCACUGUCAGGAAUGGGGGCUCUCCUGGAUCGCCUGUAAUAGGACACUACUGUGGAAGUUCAAACCCCAGGACGAUCCAGUCCGGGUCCAACCAGCUGGUGGUGAUUUUUAACACAGACCAUUCGGUGCAAAAUGGUGGAUUUUAUGCUACAUGGAGUACAGAGACUUUAGGUUGUGGUGGAAUACUUCAUUCGGAUAAUGGCACCAUCAGGUCCCCUCACUGGCCUCAGAAUUUUCCCGAGAACAGCAGGUGUUCCUGGACAGUCAUUACUCACCAAAGUAAACACUUGGAGAUCAGCUUUGACAACAACUUCCUAAUCCCCAGUGGUGACGGGCAGUGUCAGAACAGCUUUGUGAAGGUAUGGGCGGGAGCGCAGGAGGCCGACAGGGCCCUGAUGGCCACGAGCUGUGGGAACGUGGCUCCCGGUGCCAUCGUCACUCCAGGAAACGCAUUCACUGCCGUGUUCCAGUCUCAGGAGGCCCCGGCUCAGGGCUUCUCUGCAUCCUUCAUGAGCCUAUGUGGAAGGACGUUCACUAACCCUUCAGAUUACAUCGUUUCUCCAAACUAUCCAAAACAAUAUGACAACAACAUGAACUGCACCUACAUCAUAGAAGCCGAUCCUCUGUCCGUGGUCCUCUUGACUUUUGUGUCUUUCCAUCUAGAAGCUCGCUCCACCGUAACAGGAAGCUGUGACAAUGACGGCGUGCACAUUAUUAAGGGUUAUAACUUAUCUUCUACGCCUCUGGCGACGCUCUGUGGGGAUGAGAUCCUGUCUCCUGUUACCGUCUCUGGUCCAGUGCUGCUUAACUUCUACUCGAAUGCACACACCCCGGAUUUUGGAUUCAAGUUUUCCUAUAGGAUAACCCCCUGUGGCGGCGUGUUCAACCUCUCCACUGGAAUCGUCAAGAGCCCUUCCUACUCCUAUUCUGACUACCCUAACGACAUGCGCUGUGUGUACACCAUCACCGUCAGAGAUGACAGAGUGAUUCAGCUCAAGUUCAGUGAUUUUGAUGUGGUUCCCUCCGCCUUCUGCUCCCAAGACUACCUGGCAAUUUAUGAUGGUUCUAACAUCAGUGAUCGCCUUCUUGGCAAGUUCUGUGGUUCUCAGCUUCCACCAAACGUGAAGAGCAGCAAUAAUACGAUGUUCCUGGUGUUCAAGACGGAUUCAUCUCAAACAGCAAGAGGUUGGAAGAUAACCUUCCGGGAGACACUGGGGCCUCAGCAAGGAUGUGGUGGUUAUCUCACAGGCUCAAAUUAUACCUUGGCCUCUCCUGAUUCUGAUUUGAACGGAAGAUAUGACAAGAAUUUAAAUUGUGUCUGGUUCAUCAUCGCACCUGUAAACAAGCUAAUCAAACUCACCUUCAACACGUUUGCUCUGGAGGCCGCCACUACUUUGCAGAGAUGCAUUUAUGAUUAUGUAAAGUUAUAUGAUGGGGACAGUGAAAAUGCCAACUUGGCUGGAACAUUUUGUGGUUCUACCGUGCCUGCUCCCUUUAUCUCUUCUGGAAACUUCCUUACGGUUCAGUUUGUCAGUGACUUAACUUUAGAACGGGAAGGAUUUAACGCUACCUAUACCUUUGUGAACAUGCCUUGUGGUGGAACAUAUAAUGCAACUUGGACCCCCCAAAGUAUUUCAUCACCCAAUUCAACAGACCCAGAUGUCCCAUUUUCCACCUGUACUUGGGUCAUUGAAGCCCCUCCACAUCAGCAGGUCGAGAUAACUGUGUGGGCAUUCCAGCUGCAUUCCCAAGACUGUGACCAGAAUUACUUAGAGUUUCAGGACCCACCAGAGAGUCAUGGAAAUCCGGGAACUCGCUUCUGUGGCCGAAAUGCGACAGCAGUACCCACGUUUUACUCCUCUGCCAGCACGACAAUUGUCAUUUUCAAAUCAGAAGUUUUUAACAGAGACUCCAGAGUGGGUUUUACCUAUCGGAUUGCAGAUUGCAACCGAGAAUAUACGAAGGCCUUUGGCAAUCUGAAGAGCCCUGGCUGGCCGGACGACUAUGCCAGUAACGUGGACUGCACUGUGGUUCUCACAGUCCCCCAGAACCACACUGUUUCCCUCUUCUUUCACUCAUUUGGCAUCGAGGACUCGAGUGGAUGCACACGGGACUUCUUGGAGGUAAGAAAUGGGAGUGAGAGCAGUUCACCGUUACUUGGCACAUACUGUGGGACUCUGCUGCCAAAUCCCAUUUUCUCCAGAAGUCGUGAGCUGUACCUACGAUUUAAGAGUGACGGGGCAACUUCUGGUCACGGAUAUGAAAUUAUCUGGACCUCGUCGGCUUCUGGCUGUGGUGGGACUCUUUAUGGAGACAGCGGCUCGGUCACCAGCCCUGGCUAUCCAGGCACUUACCCAAAUAACACUCACUGCGAAUGGGCCAUCAUUGCUCCUGCUGGAAGGCUUGUCACCGUCAGCUAUUACUUUGUCAGCAUUGACGAUCCUGGAGACUGUGUCCAUAACUAUCUCAUCCUGUACGAUGGACCCGAUGCUAAUUCUCCAUCCUCUGGACCGUAUUGUGGCUCAUGUAUUGGAACUUCCCCAAAAGUUAAGUUCGAAUUCUGACAUUGACUCAGUAUUGCUUGCAUCUGCCCUCACUGCCCCCUCCUUUGUAUGUGAGUAGAUUGUCUACAGAGCUUUCAUGUACGGGAGAUGUGGCUACCGAUAAGUCACUUGUUUCCUACUCCUCUGCUCUUUACUCAUUUAUGCCUUCUUAGCAAACUGAAUUCUUAGAAUUACAUCUGCUGGAAAUUUAGAGUUCUUAGAAUAUAACUUACAGUUUGUAAAACUGAUAAAAUGUUCUACUCGGAAGUAUUAAAAAUAGAUACUUUUUUUUAAAACUCUGAGAAUUCUUCUAUAUAUUCUUCCAAACUUUUCUUUGAAUAUAUUUGCAAUAUACACAUAUUUUAUUCUGUUUUGUGGCUGUCAUUAACAUCUGAUUAUUAAAAACACUGAUGUGUCAUAUUUAAUCAUCAGAUGGUUUUCUGUUGCAUGGGUGCAGCCUAACUUACUGAACAAAGCUUCUCUGGUUUAUAGACAACAUUUUAAUAAACUCUCUGGUAGCUCUGCCCUUAUACACAGAGCCAAUAAUUUGGGGAGAAAUUUGGGUCCCCUCAUCACUAGACAUUGUAUUAUACUUAUUCACAGGGGGCCACAGAAAAGAGAGCACAGUAAAUGUGUCACGUGUCAGAUGUAGACGCUGACGAGGUCUUAGUCAUUUAGUUGAAAUUUGCAAACAUUUUCACAAUGAAAUGAAACCAUUUUCACAACA